AUGUCUUCCGGUGCCGGAUCUUCAGAUCCACCGAGUAAUAAAAAGGAGAAGAAGCCAUCGCCAUCGCCGGCGUCGAUAUCGAUCUUGUCACUUCCUCACGAAGUGCUUUUGAAUUGCUUAGCCCGCGUCUCUAGAUUGAACUAUCCGACUCUUUUUCUCGUCUCCAAAACAUUCCAAUCCAUCAUUUCUUCAUCGGAGCUUUACGAGACCCGAAUACGCUUAAACCUUACGGAGAAGUGUCUCUAUCUCUGCCUACGCUUCCCUUUGGACCCUCAGACACAUUGGGCCGCUCUCUACCUUCAACCUAACUGAACCGUAUCCAACGAGUCGUCAAGUGGCUAUCGCUAUAUUGCGGUCCGAAUCCCAUCUCCCAAGCAUAUGCUUCCUGCGCAGUCGUCGACUCUCUUAGCCGUUGGAUCUAAUAUCUACAAGAUCGACAGCUCUGAUCAUGCUCACCAAGUCAAAGUAUGGAAGAGGUCCUAUUCUUCACAUGUCUCUGUCCUUGAUUGUCGCUCUCACACGUGGCACCCGGCUCCAAGCAUGCGGAUGAAGCGGAACGGCUCCUCCACAGCAACUUUACUUGAUGGGAAGAUGUACGUGGCAGGAGGCUGCGACGACAACUAUGUAUACACGUCUUCCCCCGACUGGAUCGAAGCGUUUGACCUAGAGACCCAAACUUGGGGCUCUGUGAAGAACCCUCGUAUCUUUGAACUCCACGAUGAGUUUAGGACCAAGGUAGCCAAGAGCUUACGACUCGAUGGAAAACUGUACCUGUUUGGGGACGAGAAGGUGGUUUACAAUCCAGAGGAAGAUCAAUGGAACCAGAUAGGGAUGGAUCAUUGCCGUAUGUUUUGGGCAGUGAACAAGAGUCAUUGCGUGAUAGACGAUGUCUUGUUCUAUUGGGACAGAGAAGUUUUCAAAUGGUAUGACCCCAAGGGAGAUUUGUGGAAGGAAGUGAAAGGUGUUGAAGGGUUGCCUGAUCUUCGAGACCACAAGGACUACUGUAAAAUGGUGGAUCUUGGUGGGAAGAUGGGGUUUUUGUGGCCUGAAUAUGUGUACGGUAUUCAUGGAGAUUCGCAAUGUAGGAUUUGGUGCGCUGAGAUUACGCUUGAAAGACGUGAUCAUGGAGAUGAGAUUUGGGGAAAGCUGGAGUGGUCUGAUUUUGUUCUUAGUACCGACGGGUCUUGUUCAUCCUUCGAUGUUGUUUCUGCUUCUGUUUGA